AUGCCAAAUGAAAUUUCCAAAUUGUCUUACUAUGAAAACGCUGAUGUAUUUAAGACCUCUGCUUCCGUUACAGCGAGCGCGCCUCUAAGAAGUCAGAAGAGCUCCAGAAAUAACGGUUCUCUGGAUUUGCCUGGAAGAAUUGAGAAUUUUAAGUCUUGGAGCUCCACGGCUAUGAAGUGCACGAAACAGGCGAUUGAGGAGAAAUUGGGGACCACCUCACCGACUCGCGACCCUGAAACUGAGGCUAGAAUCGAUGAGCUCAAAAAGCUUCCAACACUACUAUGCUGUAUUUUGCAAAGGCGAAUGCAGGCGAAGUAUCAGGAGAUGAGCGCCACAGUAAAAAAGAUGAUCGGGCAGAUGAACGCGAUGACCGGGUUGGAACAGUCCCUCUCCUCUCAGCUCACCAUAGCUGCCCAGCAGCAGCCCGAACUGCAUUCUGAAUUCAUGAACAACGCUGAGAUUCAACAGGUCAUCGCCGCCUCCACGACCAGCUACGUCAGCGCUCUGGAAAUGUUUUGCGAUGGUUUGGACACAUUCUGCAAGAAGACGGUACCCGACACAUUGAAUACGAUUCGGCAGCUGGAACAUGCACGUCUUGUCUACGAUGCCUAUCGCAACGACCUCGACCGCUUGGAGAAUAAGUCGGGCAGAAUUGCGACUCAACAGGGGAAUACGGGCGGUGACGUGGUUAAUCCAGUUUCUACAGAUGCUGUCGGUUUGGGCGCUUCCUCCACGCCUGCGUCAACGUCCAAUUCUCAACAGGAACUAAGUGCUCAACAGCUGCGUCAGAAGUUUAAUGUGGGGCGGGAAAAUUACCUUGCGCUGAAGACUGACACGGACGUGAAGAUCAAACUGCUGCAUGAGAAUCGGACUCGCGUAGUGCGAAAGCAUCUGCAAGCUCUGCAAACGGCAAUGCUUUCAUACUUUGCCAAUGGCUAUCGCGAUAUGGAAUCAUCGUUGAAAACCCUAUCCGAACGCAAUGCUUUAACAAAUUCCCACUCUCAGAACCAGCCUCCUUCCUCUUUUCUGGAGGCUGAAAGCCCCUCCACAGACCAGGAACCGGUUUACUUCACACCGGGAAACGGCGACGCGGAAAAUCAGCAGCGCGACGUCUUUCACGAAUAA